GCUGUUCGUUUCAUUUUCCCGCCAUUUUGAUUAAUGCGAAAAAGCGAUGAAAGGGCGAGAAAAUCCAGCAGAGGAUGCCUUAAUUCUUCUCAGAAGUAGAAUUUGUAACCCUAAUUUCGUCUUCACACCGUUUUCCGAUUCACCCGACAGCAAUUACAGCAAGUUGAAAUUCAUUAUAUCAAGCUCAGUGACCGAGGCAUGUAACAAUUCAAUCCUUCUUCUUGGUCCUCGUGGUUCUGGAAAAACGGCGGUGUUGGAGCUUGUUAUCAGAGAUCUAUUGGCAGAACAUGCUGAUAUGAUAUCAGUGAUCAGAUUGAAUGGGAUUUUGCACAGUGAUGACAAUUGUGCAGUCAAGGAAAUUGCUAGACAAUUAUGUGUGGAGCAUCAAUUGUUGUUCUCAAAAAUGGCAUCAUUUGACGAUAAUUCCCAGUUCAUGAUAGCUAUGUUACGGGAGUGUGGAUUAGCUCACAAGACAAUCAUUUUUGUAUUGGAUGAGUUUGACUUCUUCACUCAGGGGAAACAACGAUUACUUUAUAGCUUGUUGGAUGCAAUGCAAUCUGUGAUGUCACAAGCAGUUGUCAUUGGUGUCAGUUGCAGACUAGAUGCAGAUCAACUCUUGGAAAAAAGAGUAAGAUCUCGUUUUUCACAUAGAAAGGUGUUGUUUCUUCCACCCUCAAAGGAAGAUCUACAAAGAUUGUUAGAGCACAUUUUGUCUUUGCCAGUAGACACGAGCCCUCCAAAUGACUAUGCUGUUGAGUUCAAUAUGAAACUCCAUCAAAUAUUGGCAGAUGAGAGAUUUAAAGAAAUCAUUAAUACCUUAUUGAAUUCUGAUUCCACUGUCAAACAUUUGUUGAGGUUUCUAUUUUAUGCUGUUUGUCAUAUGGAUUUGGAAUCUGGAUUCCUGUCACUUGAUAACUUCAGAACAGCAAUGUCAAGCAUCCAAAGGCAGCCAAAGAUGGAAUAUUUACAAGAUUGCUCCAUUUUGGAACUCUAUAUUUUGGUGUGCAUGAAGAGGUUGGAAGUCAAAGAGCAAAACUCAUACAAUUUCAAUUCUGUAAUGAAAGCAGAAUACAAAGGCAUACAUGAUGCAUACCAGACAUCCGAUUAUUAUGCACGGAAUGUAUGCUUACGGGCUUUUGAACACCUUGUACAACGUGAAUUAAUCUGUUUUAUGGAUAAUAGGGGAAACAAUCAAUCUAUAGAAUUUCGUGCAGUGAAGCUACUAAUCUCAUCACAUGAACUCUAUCAGGGAUUGAAAUCAUAUCGCUCUUGUCCUGCCAUUCUGCGGAAGCUGGUGGAUCAAUGAAAGUUAUAGAUGGCCGGUCAGCUUUGUGGGUACCAGAGGAGAAGGUGAAGGUUGCUGUUUGUAGUAAUUUCUUCUGGAUGUUUUAACCUGCGUCUUUAGGUGGAGGAGAAAAGAGAUUAUAAGAGCUUUUCCAGCUGAGUGGGUAGCCUUGUGAGGACACUUCCACCCUGCUCAAUGUUUAAUAUCUCUUGUUUGUGAUCAUCCAAUAGUAAAUGUAUACUUGAAUUAUUUAACAUUAUUUAUGGAUUUAAUUGUUUUUCUGAACACUGUCGUGGAUAAGAAAAGUGAAUUUUGUCUUUUU